UCCCUCAGGGAGCAAGCUCCUGAGACCUGUAGCUUGGGGACCCGGACCCGCUUACCAGAAUGAGAGAAAAUGAUUUCCGUGAUCCCUGAGCACCCGCAUAUUUUUGUAGGCCUUAAAAAAAAAAAAACUAACCGAAGCAUUUUUUUCUUCGUGGAUUUCUUAAUCCUGAAGCCUAGGCGGAAAAUAAAAAGCUUACCCAGUUGGAUUUCCGGAGGACCGAGAUUGCAACGAACAACCGGGAAGCGGCUGUGCUGGGAGCUGUCCCCCGGCUCUCUGCUGCUCUUAAGGGCUUUCCCGGGGUCUCUACGCCCCCGUGCCCUGUCCCGUGAGGUUCCUGGCCCGAUUUUGGCUUCGGCCCGGGCCGGUCAAUCCGGAGCCGCCAUGUCGUCCGAUUUCGAAGGAUAUGAGCAGGACUUCGCGGUACUUACUGCAGAGAUCACCAACAAGAUUGCUAGAGUCCCCCGACUCCCACCUGAUGAGAAGAAACAGAUGGUUGCAAAUGUGGAGAAACAGCUUGAAGAAGCAAAAGAGUUGCUGGAACAGAUGGAUUUGGAAGUCAGAGAGAUACCACCCCAAAGUCGAGGAAUGUACAGCAACAGAAUGAGAAGCUAUAAGCAAGAAAUGGGAAAACUCGAAACGGAUUUUAAAAGGUCACGGAUCGCCUACAGUGACGAAGUACGGAAUGAGCUCCUGGGGGAUGAUGGGAAUUCCUCAGAGAACCAGUUGAUAAAAUUACGUGAAGAGAGGGCACAUCUGCUCGAUAACACAGAGAGGCUGGAAAGGUCAUCUCGGAGACUAGAGGCUGGAUACCAAAUAGCAGUGGAAACCGAGCAAAUUGGCCAGGAGAUGUUGGAAAACCUCAGUCAUGACAGAGAAAAGAUACAGCGAGCACGUGAAAGACUUCGAGAAACAGAUGCCAACUUGGGGAAAAGCUCCAGGAUUCUGACAGGGAUGUUGCGAAGAUGUUUGUUCCUGGGUGGAAGGCAUUUUAUGAUAUUUAUUUCAUGACACACACCUGCUGGGGAGAUGAAAAGCGACUGCUCCUGAGGAUGACCUACUUCGAGGGCACAGUAAGCUUCUGAGGACUCUGGCAGGUUCUCCUUAAAUCAUUUGAGUACAUCUUGAUAUCACCUGUUGAACAUAUCUAAGACUAGUGCGUUUGCAGACUCAUUGAAGGUAGAGUUGCUAACCCCAGGGAAGAGAUUUCAGAGUCAGUAACUACUGUGUAAGUAUACUGAGACUCGGAAGACACACGUUUUUCCAACUCACUCUGAGGGUAUAAAGUGCUGUUCUCGACACUCCGGACGUGAAUCAGCCCAGGAACCUACCACCAUGAUGUGGCGCAUCUAGGAAAGGGGAUCUAAUAGGAACAUAAGUAUGGUUCAAAGGAGAAGGUAUGGGUCCAAAGUAGAAAGCAGGGAGGUAAGGGUAGGGCAUGAGGGAAAGUACCAUGAAAGAAAUACUGAUGAAGAAUUCUCUUGGGAGUUUACCGGACAGAGGGAGAAUUCCAAUUGCAGUCAGGGAAGGGCAAGGGAUAUUUGAAAUGCAUGGAGACACUGUCACCAAAUUUGUCCUUUUAUGCAACUUGUCUUUACAUGUUCAUUUCUAGUCCACAAAGUUUUAUGGAGCAACAGCUAUAAUGACAAGGCAAAUCUUACGUAGUAAAAAUACAAAUAUAAGUAAUUUACAUCUGAUCUCCCAAUAUAUAUGGUCUAGUGUUAAAACAUACAAAAACAAAAAAAAUUAUUAUAAAUUUAAAUAUAAUAUAUGACAAUAGACGUACACAAGGAGCUCUCUGUCCUAUUGGCUUCCUGGAGCUGGUGAUGCCUGGCCUCAGUUUUGAUGAGUAAUUUGAGAGUUAGCCAAGGCAGGCAGGUCAGGGACAUGGAGACAUUAAACAAUGUGCUGUGCUCAGGAGCUACAACCUGUAGUUUCCCAUGGAGCAAAAAAAGCAAGGUGAGAACCAGCGGCUGUGCCGGUAGGUACCUUGGAGGGGAUGUAGCUUCCCCACUCAUCUAAUGAGCCCCUCCCCACCAGCACUGCUAGGUAACCCCAGCAAACACAGAGUCAGAGUAAGAGUCCUGUGCCUACUGGGUACAUGCAGCUUCAUUACAAGCUCCCUAGCACCCUUUGCUGCCUUAAGCCCCUCUGUGAAAAAUCUGGGGAGCCUACUGGACUUUGGACCUCUGGACAUUGGCCCACUGCCGAGGAGUGAAAAGCUCUGAAUCCUGACUGAAGUGGGGCAUUGCUUGUUGAUUUGCAACAACUUUUUAUCCAUCACUGUUAUCUGUGCAUCUAGAGGUCAUGGUCUGAAAGACUUGGGCCCAAAUGCUGUAUUGUGUACCCUCUGCAUUGUUUGAUGAGUCCAUUUGAGAUUUCCUUCCCCCCUCUUCCAGUUAUCUAUUGCUGUGUAACAAGUCACCCCAAAAUGUAGUAGCUAAAACAGCAGUCUGUAUUGCUCACAGUUCCUGUGGGUCAGGUAUUUGGGAGCAGCUUGACUGCAUGUUCUGGCUCAUGAUCUCUCGUGAAGUUGCCAGUAGAUGGAGACUAGAGCUAGAACAGGCAGGAUCUGGGAAUAGCUGGUGACUGACUGGAAAUAAGGAGCCCUAGUGGUGCAGUGGUUAAGUGCCCAGCAGCUAACCAAAAGAUUGAUGGUUCAAACCCAUCCAGCUGCUCUGCAGGAGAAAGACCUGGCAGUCUGCUCCUAUAAAGAUUAUAGCCUAGAAAACCCUAUGGGGCCAUUCUAUUCUGUCAUAUAGGGUCACUGUGAGUUGGAAUCAAUCUGAUGGCAACGGGUUUGGUUUUUGCUUUUUGGCUGGGUGUACCUUUGUCUCUCUCUGUCCUCCUCCUGCUGUCCUCCUCCUUCCCCUCUUUCUUCUCCUCUCUGUCUGUCUGUCUCUCUCUCUCUUCAUUAGUCUCAAGGCCUUUCCAAGUGGUCUCUCCACAUGAGCUAGUUCGGGCUUCCUUACAGCAUGGUGGCCUCAGGCUUGGCAGCUCAGGGCGUUAAAGAUGAGUGUUCUGAGAAAGACUGGCAGAAGCUGCGUGGCCUUUUCUAACCCAGCCUAGGCAGUUACACAGGGCCCCACCAAGGCAGUCACAAGGACCCUCCAGGGUCCAAGGGGAUAAGGCACAGGCUCCAUCUCUCAGUGCAGGCGUGACAAGGUUAUAGAAGAUCAUAUGUAUGAGAAAUAUUGUUCAGGGCAUUUUUGGAAAAUAUAAUCCAUAACACUCAUUUCCUUCCAGUUACAUAUUCCUUUAAAUUACUUAAAUAUGAGUUCACUCAUUAAGGUGUUACCCCUCAUCUUUCUUUUCUGUCUUCCCACACCAAAAUCCAAGGCUUCAGUGUGCACACACUCACAAAAUCCUGUUGUCUGAAUGAAAGUCAGUCACCCAAGUAUGUGCUGUUUCCCUCAAGAUGACAGCACUUAAUAAACAUAUAUUCUGUUGCCCCAUUUUAGGAAGCUAUACUUCAGUAAACCAAAGCCAAGUGAAACCCACUGAGUCGAAUUCUGACUCAUAGCGACCCUAUAGGACAGAGUAGAACCGCCCCAUAGGGUUUCCAAGGCUGUAAUCUUUACAGAAGUAGGCUCCCACAGAGCGGCUGGUGGGUUCCAACCACUGACCUUGGGUUCACAGCCGAGUGCUUAACCACAGAACCACAAUACUUACACUUUGUAGGCAUUGUUAGAGGCAGAUGUUGCUCACCUCUUUCACUGAGGAGACCUUUUCAUCUAACUACAGCAAGCAUCCUAGAGAUGCAAGAGUGAACGAUUUCAAAUCUUCUCUUUUAUUUAUCCUAGUAGAUUGAUGGUGAUCUCAUAAAACACUGGUCAGCAGCCUUUGGUGGAGUACUGGGCAUUUCAGGGAGUAAAAAAGGAAUAAGAAAGGCCCAAACCUUGGGCUCAAAAAACUUCAGAAGCUGAAAAUAUUAGCAUGUUCUGCAUAGGAAAUCUUCUGAUUUAAACUAUUGAUAUAAAUUUGCAUUUUUAAUAAGUACUAUUGCAAGUAUGCUGUCUUCAAUGAGGGCUCUAAUUCCAUUUUCUACGCAUGCAUAGUGAACAGAAGUUGAGUUCUUCAAAUAUUUUCUGUUAAAAAUAUAUGCGACAUAAGCAUUGGAUUGGAAGAGUUUUUUUUUUUAACCCCUUUGGGUAACCUGGAAAAGAAUAUAGCUCUAUUUUAAAAUCCCUUCCAGUACAAGAGUUAUCCAAGCAAAUGGUGUUGACCAAGGUGUUGAAGGUCCCACUAAUAAUAAUGCCACUCUUUCAUAAAGCUAAGUAAUCAGGAAUAAUGCUGCACGUAAGAAGACAGUCCCUUAUUUACUCUAGUUGGUAUUGUUAGCACUAAUAAUGCAUUUCAACACAGUGAAAUUGCUAGAUAAUGCUUUUGUGACUUCUCUGCAGGUUAUUGUUAUUUAAAUGAACAGCCAACUGCACUGUAAUGAAGAAACGCAUGCUUUUCCCAACUCAGUUAUCAACCAGGAUUCUAGGAAAAUGAGAAUUUGUGUCUGCCUUUACCCACAGAGCAAACUGGAGGUCACUGUUUUCAAUAUGAACCUUUUUUUUUUUUCUUUUUCGCUUUUCAACAGGGAAUAAUUAGGAGCUGCUGCUUCUGAAAUUACCUGUAUUCACUAUAGAGAAGGAAAGACUUUUAUCUUCCAUGAUGAAAUACAUUUUCUCAUUCAAACUUUGUCAUUCUUUUUUUUAAAUGGCCUUUUACGCUGCCAAGUCAAUCCUAGGUAGUAAAAUAAAAGAAAUACAGUUUUUUCUGCCGCAACAACCUUGUUUAUUCAAUUUUACUUCCUUAAAUUUCAGCUCCUCCUUGAAAAAUGAUCCAAAUGCAAAAAUGGGUUUAAAGCAAUUGAACAUAUAAAGCAAUUAUCCACGCAAAAUACUAUUAUAUGAACACACAUGUUCUUUGCACUUUAAUUUAAAUUGAAUUGAUCCUUGAUCCUUAUAAUUUCAGGAUAAUGUGUUACUGCUGAGUUUUUUUUAACAGCUUUAUUGAGAUAUAAUUGACUUGACAUUCAAUUCAUCCAUUUAAAAUGUACAAUUUGAUUUUUUUUGUAUAUUCUGAAAGUUGUACAACCAUCAUCAUCACAAUCAAUUUAGAUCGUUUUUAUCACCCCAAAAAGAAACCUGGUACCCAUUAGUAGUCAUUCCUCAUUUUUGUCUAGCCCUACCCCUGCUCCCCACAGCCCCAGGCAACCACUAAUCUACUUUUUGUCUCUAUAGAUUUGUCUAUUCUGGACAUUUCAUAAUGGAAUCAUAUAACAUGUGAUCUUUCGUGACUGGCUUCUUUCACUUAGCAUAGUAUUUUCAAGGUUUAUCCAUAUUGUGGCAUGUAUCGGUACUUCAUUCCUUUUUUUUUGGUUGAAUUCCAUCCCAUUGUAUAGAUACACCACAUUUUGUUUUUCCAUUCAUCAGUCGAUGAGCAUUUAAGUUGUUUCCAACUUUUGGCUAUUAUAAAUAAUGCUACUAUGAACACUCAUGUACAAGUUUAUGUGUGGACAUAUGUUUUCAUUUCUCUGAAUUAUAUACCUGGAAGUGGAAUUGCUGGGUUGUAUGGAGCCCUGGUGGCACAGUUGUAAAUAAAGAGCUUAGCUGCUAACCAGAAGGUCAUGAGUUCAAAUCCACCAGCUGCUCCUUGGAAACCCCUUUGGGGCAGUCUCCUCUUUCCUAUAGGGUCACUAGGAGUUCAAAUCAACUCAACAGCAAUGGGUUGGUUUGGUUUUUUUGGGUUAUGGUAACUAUGUCUAACCUUUUAAAGAUCUGCUAGACUGUUUUCCACAGUGGCUGUACUGUUUUACAUUCCCACCAACAAUGCAUAGAGGUUCCAAUUUCUCCAUAUCCUUGUCAACACUUACUAUUGUAUUUUUUUAUUAUAGCCUAUGCGCUAGUGAGUCUGAGGAAAGAUGUAAUUGUGGUUUUGAUUUGCAUUUCCCUGGUGGCUAAUGAUGUUGACCAUCUUUUCAUAUGCUUAUUGGUCAUUUGUGUAUCUUCUUUGGUGAAAUGCUCUUUCUACUGAGUUUUUAAAAUUUCCUUUACCUCAUUUUUCAAAUGAUCAGAAUUAAGUUGGAAACAAAGGCUUCUAGCAUCCUGAAGGGAGUACUAUUCAAACCGAUUACAAACUGCAGCCAUUGUUUUGUUUUUUUCAAUGGCAGUGCUUUUUGUGAUGUAACUGAAUUGUUUUCAGGAAGCAAUUUACCUCUGAAACUUUUUUCUGUUUCAUUAGAGAGAUGGAUUUUGGUGAUCCCAAAGUCAUAUCCAGAAAAGGGCUUAAAGAUCAGCUUGCCCAACUAACUCACUUUACCAGUUAAGAAACUGGGGGCCUCCCGGACUGUCUGUUAACCCAGAACUAAAACCAUUCCCGAAGCCCACUGUUCAGAUAAGGAGUAGACUGGACUAAAAAAAUACAACAUCAAAUAAUAUUUGUGAAGAGUGUGCUGCUUAGUUCAAGUAGAUACACGAAACUAAAUGGGCCGCUUCUGCCUGGAGGCGGGAUGAGAAGGCAGAAAGGGAUGGGAGCUGGUUGCAUGGACACAGGAAACCCAGGGUGGAAAGCGGGAGUGUGUUGUCACAUUAUAGGGAUUGCAACUAGGGUCACAUAACAAUAUAUGUAUAAAUUUUUGUAUGAGUAAUUAACUUGAACUGUAAACUUAUCACCUAAAGCAGAAUUAAAAAAAAAAAAAGAAAAGAAACUGGGGGCCAAAGACAGCAACUAAGAACAACAGCAGGUGGACCACACGGAGAAUUAAUGAUAGAGUAGGAACACUAUCGAGAUGGAGUCCAGGUAGCUGAGAUUCUGUUUUCAUUAGAGGGAAUAAAAUACACUUUUUAGAAGAGUUCUUGGUGAUUUAAAAAAAAAAAAAAAAAUUAAUGGUAAAAAUGCUUAGAAGCCAAUAAAGAUUUCAUGUUAAUACUUAACAGGUAGGGAGCCCAGGUGACAUCGUGGUUAAAGCGCUAACCGAAAGGUCUGCAAUUCAAACUCAGCCAGCUGCUCUGUGGGAGAAAGAUGUGGCAGUCUGCUUUCGUAAAGAUUUACAGCCUUGGAAAUCCCAUGGGGCAGUACUACUCUAUCCCGUAGGGUCGCUAUGAGUCAGAAUUGACUCAAAGGCAGCGAGUAUGGCUUAACUUAACCCACAGUCAUAGUAGCACCUCUCAGAUUGCUAUCGUUAUUCUCUCCUCUUACGUGUGGGGGAAAUUAAGGUUAGCUUAUCUGCUCAAUGUCAUCCACAUAGUAAAUGACAGAUUCUAACCCAGACCUUCUGACUCCGAGUCCAGUGUCCCGUUUGAUUCAUCUGGGCUGUCAGAUGACUAAAAGACAGCAUCAGCACAUGGUCACCUAGGCCAUCUUGCGUGGCUUGUAUUUCUGCUUCACUAAAUCACUGAGACAGAGAACUGAUAGAUGGGGUCCAAGAGCACCCAUUUACCAUCAAUAUAGUGAUUGACCAACACCAAUAUACCUAACUUCUGAAGAAAAACAUACGUUCCAGUUGACAGAAGAAUUGCUCAAGUAUAAAAAUAUAGUACUUUAUAGGUAUUAAUAUGAAAAGCAUUAAAACAUACAUUUUUAAUCUGAUAUGUACAAUUAUACAGGGCAAAUUUUUCAUAGUCUUUGUUUUUAUGUAUUUUUUACACUGGUGAUGAAACCAAGGCCUGUGAGGGUUUAGUUGCUACAAUCCUAAAGUCUGAGGCAAAGCUACAUCUCAAAUCCAAGUCUCUUGGCUCCUGUGUAAGCCUGUGUUUCCUCCAGCGUACCAUGCUCUGCCUCAAUGAUGUGCUGAAGGACACUCAUUUGAAAGAAGAGGAGACUUUAUACCAUUAUUCCAGACAACAACAGAGCUGUGAACAAGUAGAAGUUACAGGGAGGAUAAUUUUGAGCCCAUAUAAAGAAGACUUGAUCUGCCCAACAAUGAAAUGUGUUGUCAUUGAACUGUUCAGGCUGCUACUGGAUGACCAUCUGGGAGGAUGCUCUGGGGGAGAUUUCUGCAUUGGGGUGCGUGUGUGUUGGUGCGGAGAGAUUGGAUGGCAUUUAAGGUCCCUUCCAACUAUGAGAUUGUGGAUCUCUGUUCUUAGUUAAGGUAGUAAAUUUUAACAGUCCUCUAUAUCUCUACUGAGCAAGGCUUUAGCUCCAAUAAACUCUCACUCUGCAUAGUUAGGAGCCCUGGUGGUGCACUGGUUCAGCAUUCAGCUGCUAACCAAAAGGUCAGCAGAUAAAUCCACCAGCCACUCCUUGGAAACCCUAUGGGGCAGUUCCACUCUGUCCUGUAGAGUCACUAUGAGUCGGAAUCGACUCGAAGGCAAUGGGUUUGGUUUCUAGUUUUCUGUGUAGUUAAAGGUGUGGGGCUUUCUGCUUAGUGGAAAGUAAUAACCAUAUUCAUCAACCUGGAUUACUGGUUACUCCACAGUUGUGACAGCAGUUCCCAGCUAUGUUAACAGAUGCUCUGCUCAACGAGGGUUUCCUAUCCAACUAAAUUUGAAUAUGAGUCCUUAGUAUGUCAGUGUCCUCUGUGUGACUCUCCAAGAGGGAGAAAAAUUAUGCAACAAUUCCAUUUUUUUUUUUUCUUCUUCUUCUUUGCAAAGCACUUCAGAGGCCCAGCUGUCAGUCUAACCCAGUGGUUCUCUGUCCUAGUUGCACAUGAGAAUCACCUGGGGAGCUUUUUAAAAAUGCAGAUGUCCAGGCCCCACCCCAGACCAGUUAAAUUGGAGCCUGUAGGGGUGGGCACCCAACAUCAAUAUUUUUUAACAGUUCUCUAGGCGAUCUUAGGAAACUCUGGUGGUGUAGUGGUUAAGAAGUACGUCUGCUAUAAAAGGUCAGCAGUCCAAAUCCACCAGGCGCUCCUUGGAAACCCUGUGGGGCAGUCUACUCUGUCCUUUAGGGUCUCUAUGAUCUUAAAUGAAACCAGGAUUAAGAACAGCUAACCUAGUCUGUCUAGUCUGAGCAUGUACUCAGGCCAAAUCUGCACAUUUGCUUUUUAAUUCGGGUGGCCAUUUAGAUUUGGAUCAUCAUUCAGAGCCAGGGCUCUUAAGCACAAUAAGAAGUAGCAUCUCAUAGUGGUUACUCUGCUGCUCUUGAACUAAACUGCCUGGCUUCAUCUGCUUACUAGCUUUGUGUCUUCAGGCAAGUUGUUUUACUCUCUCUGGGUAUCAGGUUCUUAGUUUGUAAAUGGAGAUAAUAAUAGUACAUAAAAAAGGUAAGAACUCUACAUAAUGUGGUACUAGACUUACCAUCAUUAUUGCUGUCAUCAGUCUUGUUUUGUUGGUGGUGGUAGUAGUAGUUGUAGCAAUAGUCCUGCCAGGGUUUAUGAGCUAAGUACAUGUUGAAAAAACAGUCCAGUCUAUACAGGGCCACAAACAGGACCUGAUCUUACUUGAAAACUAAGGAUCCUUUUCCACAAUAUAAGCAGCUUGUUUCCUCAGAUUCAAAGCUUCCCAGCAAAGUGAAAUAUUUGCAUUAUGUUUCCUACAAUAACCUGAGGCUUGAACCAGGUAACCUCCUGGGGUUUCACUCAGCUCUUAACUCUGUGUUAGGAACAGUCUAUAGCUCUGCAAAACCAAGGGCCUGGACUAAAUGUUAUGAUGGGUUUUCUGUUUAAUAACUGGCAAAGGUGUGCACUUUAUAUGGCAGCUGACUGCCUGAAUCUUCUGGACAAUCUCAAGUUCAAAUGGCCACCCUGCUGGAUGACCAGAGCAGUGGUUCAGAAAGCAUGGUUCCUAUAGAAUAGAAAGCAGUGCUUCCAUAUGCCAAUGUCCUAGGCUAAUUAUGCAAAAAAGUAAACACAAUUUGAAUACGUGGGAUAGCCUCUGAGGAAAACCAAAGAGCACAAUUAGGCACAGUUUCUAUUUCAUUUUCUGUUGAUGAAGGAAUAAUUUGAGGUAGCUCUAGUUACUGAGAGCAUGGUAUAAGAGUCCCUGAUUCUCCAGGAUUUAGGGCAAGCGCGGACAUUACAGGUUCCAUCAAGACAGCCUCUAACUGCAGUUGUGGAAAUUGGUGGAGUAUUCCUAGGAGGAGCUCAAAAGAUUGGGAAGCUAGAUAUCAUUGUCUCAAGAACACAUACAAGAAACGUUUUUCUUUUUUUCCUUUUUCUCCUACAAGCACUUUGUGGUUCACCGUUGCAGACACUGCAUAUCUUUGACUCCCACGCAGUCCCCAUAUUAAUAGUUGUUUGCUAGCUGUGGUCAUUUAAUUGAAAAAAGCUGGCAUGGAGCUAUCACGGGACCCAACAGGUCAGUGCUGUAUUGAGUAUGGUAUUAUUGCCUCUGGACAAAUGCUUUCCAAGCCCAAAUUGAUUUCAGUUCUUUAAAUGCAUUAAUAACAUGUUAGAGGAUGGACGGACGUAGGGCUGAAGAAAGAGGUGUGUGGUCUUCCAGUGUGCCAGUUAUGCACCAUUCUGAGGCUUGCUUUCUGUGGCUUGUUUCCAGCUGUGCGUGAUAGAAUUCCAGAUGGCAUUGUUCUGUUGGUACUGGUUUUGGAUCUGCCCUGGGAAUGCGGUUAAGGAAGACACUAGAUGACAACUGGGAUCCUUUUGCUUACCUCUCCUGGAGUAGAUCCUGGAAGCCUCUGUUUCCUUCCACCAGUCAGAGAGCUACCCCAGCCUCUCUUGGUGUCUGUGUACUCAGCACAAACUGUUCUUUCCCCGUGAGUUCCCACGUACCUAGUAACCCCCCACUACAGAGACGAUUAAUUGAAUCUCCCUCCUGCGGUCUGUGCUUGCCCUCCCUCAGACCCCAACCCUGGGGGCAAGUACGGGCACGAAUUCAAAUAUGCAGUAGGUAAGGGCUGUGUUUUUCAUCCUGCUUUCCUGUCUUCUUGCUUGCUCUGUGUGUGCAGAUCUCCCCCUCUUUCAAGCCUUUUAUAACCAUUAUUUUAAUACAUACACACACAAAAUAAAAUAGUGCAGUGAACCUCUGGGUCCCCAUCACCUUGCUCUUAGAGUAACCAAUAUUUAGCCGUACUUAUUGUAGCUCUACCUCCUUUUUUCUUUUCUCUUCUGCUGAAAUUUUUAUUUUUUUGAAAUUUUUUAAUUAAAGCAAAUACAGUUAUCUGGUUUUACCUGUGAAUAAUUCAGUGUGUAUUCCUAACAUAUCCGAACUUUAAAAAAAACCUAACUACAGUUCCCCCAUCACACCUAACAAAACUGGUAAUAAUUUCAUAAUAUCAAAUACGCUGUCCAGGUUCAGUUGUCCCAAAUUGUUUUCAGAGUUGUUGACUGUUGGGUAAUUUCAAUCAGGAGCCAAACGAGAUGCACCUGUUGCAUUUCUCCAACAAAUCCUUAAGUGUCUUUUAAUCUAUUACAGCUCCCUCUCCUGGUUUUAUUAUAUUCGUUUGUUGAAGGCACCAGAUCAAUGUCCUAUAAAAAUUUCCACAUUAUGUAUUUGACUAAUUGCAUCUUCAUAGUAUUGUCUUAUGUGUUCUUCUAUUCUCCACACUUCCUGUAAAUCCAUAGUUAGGUCCACAGACUUAAUGAGGUUCACAUUAUACAUAUCAGGAGGCAUAUAAUGCCUGUUUGUGUCACUUUUAUUAAUAUCAAGAUUGUAUUGAUUAGUGGGUUCAGGUGUGGUCAGCCUGAUUCAUCCAUUAUGAACUUCUCUAUCAACCUAGUAACCUGAUAGUUUUAGCAACCAUUGAUGAUCGCUAGCUAGGUACAUUAAAAAAACAAAAUGACUUUCAAGGCUAUCAUUCUUUCUGCAUUUAUUAGUUAUUAUUCCCCUAUAUAGAAGAACUUAUCAUCAUCAACUAUUGGUUACCCUGAAAUACAGUUCGUACAAGAAAAACAGCAUAUAUGCCUCUUUCCCUUUAUUUACCAAUUUUCAGAACAUUCCAUUGCACUAGAAACCUCCAAAAAUGACCAAUGAGGUAGGUUUAUUUGUUUUUGAGUAACGUUAUCAACACUUGGGGUUUUUUUUUUUUUUUUUUUACCUAUUUCUUGCGUUUCAGUCGUUGUAGUCAUUGUUCUUUUUGAUGUUCAAAUUAUCCUAUCUUUGACAAGUGGGGGCGCCUUCAAGUUGCCGUUUGUCACUUUGAACAUGAUUCCACUAGUCUCUUCUGGCAGGAUAAGACGCCCCAGGCUCCUGCUCCAAACUAGGAAUCAGCUAUUUCUAUAAGGAAUCUUGGUUCCUUUCCAUGGGAAAUAUUAUGUAAAGACCACAGUCUGUGUACUAGGGGUGCAUUCCCUCUUAAAAUGGUUUUGUAAUGCUCUUUUAUGUUUGAAUGAUAACCUUCUCCUCAUUGGAAUCACAUUACUGCUACUCUCUGUUGCCCUUUAAGGAGCCCUGGUAGCACAAUGGUUAAGGACUUAGCUACAAAUGGUUAAGCACUUGGCUGCUAACUGAAAGUCAGCAGUUCAAACCUACCAGCAGCUCCACCAGAGAAAAGACCUGUUGAUCUGCCCCUAUGAAGAUUAUAGCCUAAGAAACCUUAUGGGGCAGUUCUGCUCUUUCCUAUAGGGUCACUAUGAGUUGGGGUCAACUGACUCGACAGCACACAACAACAUGGACCUCUAGUUCCACCUGGGUACUCCCUUCCCAAACACGUAUAUAACAACCAGUGCUCAUGGGGAUCCCUCACCUCUCUUCCAACCAAUUUCUAUCUCCGCUCUCAGCCUUUCAUCCUCCCCUUCAAAGCCAGAUGCCCUGUUCAUCUCUGACUUCUAAGACAUAACAUGGGGAACACUUCCAUAAUGCUAAAGAAUAGUGUCGCCCUUCUUUUCACUGACUGUUUUUAGUUAUCUGUCAGUUUGUCAUACUGUGGUGGCUUGCAUGAUGCUAUAAGUUCUGCCACUAGUAUUUUAAAUACCAGCAAGGUCACCAGUGGUGGACAGGUUUCAACAGGGUUUCCAGACUAAGACAGACAAGGAAGAAGGACCUGGCAAUCUGCUUCUAAAAAAACUGGCCAGUGAAAAUGUUAUGAAUAAUAGCAGAACACUGUCUGAUACAGUGCUGGAAGAUGAGCUCCUUAGGUUAGAAAGCACUCAAAAUACACCUGGAGAAGAGAUGUAUCCUCAAAGUAGAGUCCGCCUUAAUGACAGGGAUACAGUAAAGCUUUCAGAUGUGGCACAACUCAAAAUGAGAAGAAACAGCUGCAAACAUUCAUUAAUAAUUGGGAUAUGGAAUAUAUGAAGUAUGAAUCUUGAAAAAUUGAAAGUUGUCAAAAAUGAAAUGCUUGAAGAUAGAUAUCCUAGGCAUUAGUGAGCUGAAAUGGACUCUUAUUGGCCAUUUUGAAUCAGACAAUCAUAUGGCCUACUAUGCCAGGAAUGACAAAUUGAAGAGGAAUGGCAUCACAUUCACUGUCAAAAAGAACAUUUCAAGAUCUAUCCUGAAGUACAACACUGUCAGUGAUAGGAUAAUAUCCAUAUGCCUACAAGAAAGACCAGCUAAUAUGACUAUUACUCAAAUUUAUGCACCAACCGCUGGUGCCACAGAUGAAGAAAUUGAAGAUUUUUACCAACUUCUGCAGUCUGAAAUUGAUCAAAUAUGCAGUCAGGAUGCAUUGAUAAUUACUGGUGAUUGGAGUGUGAAAGUUAAAAACAAAGAAGAAGAAUUGGUAAUUGGAAAAUACAGCCUUGGUGAGAGACAGGACACCGGAGAUGCCGUGAUAGAAUUUUGUAAGACCAAUGACUUAUUCAUUGGAAAUACAUUUUUUCAGCAACAGAAGCAGCAGCUAUACACGUGGACAUCUCCAGAUGGAAUACACAGGAAUCAAAUCGACUGUGUCUGUGGAAAGAGAUGAUGGAGUCAGAACAAGGCCAGGGGCUGACUGCGGAACAGACUAUCAAUUGCUCAUAUGCAAGUUCAAGUUGAAGCUGAAGAAAAUUAGAGCAAGUCUACGAGAACCAAAGUAUGACCUUGAGUCCAUCCCACCUGAAUUCAGAGACCAUCUCAAGAACAGAUUUGCUCCAUUGAACAUUAAUGAUCAAAGACCAGACGAAUUGUGGUAUAUCAUCAGGGACAUCAUACGAAGAAACCAAGAGAUCAUUUAAAAGACAGGCAAGAAAGAAAAGACCAAAAUGAAUGUUAGAAGAGACUCUGAAACUUGCUCUCAAACGGACAAUAGCUAAAGUGAAAGGAAGAAAUGAUGAAGUAAAGAGCUGAACAGAAGAUUUCAAAGGGUGGCUUGAGAAGACAAAAUAAAGUAUCAUAACAAAAUGUGCCAAGAUGUGGAGUUAGAAAACCAAAAUGGCAAGAACACGCUCAGCAUUUCUCAAGCUGAAAGAACUGAAGAAAAAAUUCAAGCCUUGAGUUGUAAUACUGAAUGAUUCUUUGGGCAAAAUAUUGAAUGACACAGGAGGCAUCAAAAGAAGAUGGAAGAAAUACACAGAGUUACUGUAUUACAAAGAAUUGGUCAAUGUUCACCUAUUUCAGGAGGUAGAAAAUAAUCAAAAGCCAAUGGUAUUGAAGGAAGAAGUCCAAGCUGCACUGAAGGCACUGGAGAAAAAUAAGGCUGUAGGAAUUAAUGGACUACCAACUGAGAUGUUUCAGCAAACAGAUGCAACACUGGAAGCACUCACUCAUCCAUGCCAAGAAUUUGGAAGACAGCUUCCUGGCCAACUGACUGGAAGGGAUCCGUAUUUAUGCCCAUUCCGAUGAAAGGUGAUCCAACAAUAUCAUUAAUACGACAAACAAGUAAAAUUUUGCUGUAAUAUGCAGAUGAUACAACCUUGCUUGCUGAAAGCAAAGAGGUCUUGAAAUACUUACUGAUGAAGAUCCAAGACUACAACCUUCAGUAUAAAUUACACCUCGACAUAAAGAAAACAGCCCUCACAACUGGACCAGUAAGCAACAUCGUGAUAACAGAGAAAAAAUUGAAGUUGUCAAGGAUUUUAUCUUACUUGGGUCUACAGUCAACGCCUAAGGAAGCGGUAGUCAAGAAACUAGACAACAUAUUGCAUUGGGCAAAUCUUCUGCAAAAGGCCUUUUUGAAGUGUUAAAAAGCAAAGAUGUCACCUUGAGGACUAAGGUGCGCCUGACCCAAGCCAUGGUACUUUCAGUUGCCUCAUACGCAUACAAAAACUGAACAAUAAAUAAGGAAGACCGAAGAUGAAUUGAUACUUUUGAAUUAUGUUGUUGGCAAAGAGUAUUGAAUAUACCAUGGACUGCCAGAAGAAGGAACAAAUCUGUCUUGGAAGAAGUACACCCACAAUGCUCCUCGGAAGUGAGGGUGGCAAGACGUCAUCUUAAGUACUUUGGACAUGUUAUCAGGAAGAACCAGCCCCUGGAGAAGGACAUCAUGCUUGGUAAGGUAGUGGGUCAUUGAAGAAGAGGAAGACCCUCAAUGAGAUGGAUUAACACAGUGGCUGCAACAGUGGGCUCAAACAUGGCAAUGAUUGUGAGGAUGGCACAGGACCUGGCAGUGUUUCAUUCUGUUGUACAUAAGGUCGCAAUGAGUUGGAACUGACUCCAUAGCACCUGACAACAACAUUUUUUGUUUGUUUUAUUUCUUGAAGGGAGUUAACCUCCUGUUGAUAUCCAAAGCUCUGGUGGACAAAUUUAGUUUCUUAAGCCAGAGCAACAGUGCUUGAAAGCACCAUGGAAACAUUAAGUUCAGUCCCUAGAUCUGAGGAAGCUUCAUAAAACCAAAUGUCUACAACCUGAGUUGUAACUAAAUUUGUCUACUCAGGUUGUAUCUGCUGCAAAGGACCUUUUUAAAGUGUUGAAGAACAAAGAUGGCACCUUGAAGACUAAGGUGAGCCUGACCCAGGCCAUGGUAUUUUCAAUCGCAUCAUAUGCAUAUGAAAGCUGGACAAUGAAUAAGGAAGACCAAAGAAGAAUUGAUGCCUUUGAAUUGUGGUGUUGGCGAAGAAUAUUGAAUAUACCACGGACUGCCAAAAGAACAAACAAGUCUGUCUUAGAAGAAGUACAACCAGAAUGCUCCAUAAAAGCAAGGAUGGCAAGACUGCAUCUCUGCGUCUUACAUACUUUAGACAUGUUGUCAGGAGGGAUCAGUCCCUGGAGAAGGACAUCAUGUUUGGCAAAGUACAGGGUCAGCAGAAAAGAGGAAGACCCUCAACGAGGUGGAUUGACACAGUGGCUGCAACAAUGGGCUCAAGCAUAACAACAAUUGUAAGGACAGCACAGGACCAGGGCAGUGUUUCAUUCUGUUGUGCGUGGGGUCACUAUGAGUUGGAAACGACUCAACGGCCCCUAGCAACAGCAGCUCAGGUUGUGUAUUUUCCCAGGAAGCAUGGGUGGUUGCAUGUUGACAUUUUUAACUGGAGUUGCCAAGUUAUGAAAAAGUCUUCAGGAGUUAGUUCAUCUUAACCAUUAUUAGGCCACAUACCUAUUUGAACAUCUAAUGAAAAUCAUGGACUGGCUCUUGAGAAAAGUAUACAUGCACACAGACUCCUAUAAGCAAUUUCAUGGGCUUCAAGGCCCUCUUAGGACCUAAAACUAUCUUGGAGAGUUUAAUUUGUGUUCACAAACUAAGUCCUGAUUUGCAUUGGUUGUUGGAGGCAGCAGAAUUUGGAGGUGGAGUAGGGAGGGGUGUGGACAAUAAGGCACAUAGCUGCAACCAGGACACUAAUUUUAAAUCUCUCAAGUGAACAUUACUUAUUUUCUGGUCUCACCCCCAGGUCUGGUCACUGCUAUUCCUUGUGCCAGUUCACAAACCAUUUGCUACCAGUCUAUUACAUU